UUACAUUGACGAAAAGAUCUUGAUUGUUUUUAUCGUAUAAAAACUAGACGUGACAUGUAACCUCUUAAUUUCGUAGUCAUUUUUGUGUUCGACGGGUCGUGUGUGCAAAAACAUAUUUGAGAAUGCAAGUUGCAGUUUUAUGCGUUUUGGGGCUGGUAGCACUUGGUGCGGCGCUACCUCAACAGUACACGGAUCGUUUUGAUAAUAUCAAUAUCGAUGAAGUUCUACACAGCCCUCGGCUCUUAAAAGCUUACAUCAAUUGUGUAUUGGAACAGGGAAAAUGUACUAACGAAGGCAGAGAGUUAAAAUCACACAUUCGUGAAGCUUUAGAAAACCAAUGUGCAAAAUGCACUGACACCCAACGCAAGGGAACACGUACUGUGAUUGGACAUCUGAUCAACGAGGACCCCAGUUCUUGGAACCAAUUAGUGGCCAAAUAUGACCCAGAUAGAAAAUACGUAAUCAAAUACGAAAAUGAAUUGAGAAAAAUCGCCGUCUAAGUCUAUUUUUAAAAGUGACUCAUGGAUGUUGUUAGAAUGGAGGGUAUAAUAAUGGUUGUACGUUUUAUACCUAGAGUGAAAAGUUUACUGUGUUUAUGCAUAACAUGUUUUUGCAAAUACGCCAUUACUUAGUGUUAAUAUAUUGUUUAAAUAAAUUAAAUAUUGUUUCUCG